GAAACAGUAAAUUGAAAAGAAAAAAAAAAUCAGUGGAGAGACAAAAAGCAGAGAGGCUUAUGAUUACAUCUCCACAAUCUGUUGUUUACAAUUACAUUGGCCCCGAUUCUCGAUAAGAUCUUCUGACCCAGAAUCGGCUGACAAGAAAAUUUAGGAAGAAAGAAAAUAAAAAUGGGGGUUUUUGGAGGAAGAUAUUAUUGGGGGAAAAAAGAGGAGAAGAGGGAAGGGAUAGUUUUGGUAUUUGCAUGGAUGUCUAGCCAAGAAAAAUAUGUUAACAAUUAUGUCAAGCUCUAUGCCUCUCAGGGCUGGGAUUCCCUUGUUUGUCACUCCCAAUUUCUCAAUAUGUUCUUUUCCGAGAAGGCCGAAACUUUAGCGUUUGAUAUCCUCAAUGAAGUAAUUAAGGAGCUAAAACGGAGACCAUGUCCUUUAGUCUUUUCAUCUUUCUCAGGAGGUCCAAAAGCUUGUAUGUACAAGGUUCUUCAGAUUGUUGAGGGAACAUGCGAUUUACAGUUAAAUUUGGAUGACUGCCGACUGGUUAAGGACUGUAUUGCUGGCCAUAUCUUUGACUCUAGUCCAGUGGAUUUUACAAGUGAUAUAGGGACCAAAUUUGUCAUGGAUCCAUCUAUUGUUAAAAUGUCUCGUCCACCUAAAAUGUUGUCAUGGAUGGCAAAUGGAAUCAGUAAUAGUCUCGAUCUUGUCUUCCUCAACAGGUUUGAAACACAGCGUGCUGAGUAUUGGCAGACUCUGUACUCUUCUGUUAGCAUGGGGGCCCCGUAUCUCAUUGUGGGUUCAGAAAGUGAUAAAAUUGCUACUUAUCAAGUUCUUUGUAAUUUUGCUCAAAGACUUCGAGAACUUGGAGCUGAUGUGAAACUUGUGACAAUGCAUGGCUCUCCUCAUGUAGGUCAUUUUCGGCUAUAUCCAGCUGACUACAAGGCUGCUGUGAGUGAGCUACUUGGUAAGGCAUCUGCAGUUUACUCCCAAAGAAUUCAAAAACUUGAAGGAGAGAGAAUGAGCAUAGAGGGGACACAUGACGAUAUCUCUGAUCCAAUGCGUGACCUCAGAAGAGCAGCUGCCAGUCCAAACCAAAGCUUUCGCGGAGUUACCAUCCAACCGAGUGAUCAUUUCUACAUGCCAACCUCAGUGGGGUACUACGAGGGUAGAGAUGGCAGCUCAUUCCAAGACGAACAAAAGGAAGGCUUGAUCCAUUUGCCUAGUCCUCCGAAAAUAAAUGCUCACGGAGUUCUCGGUCAAAUCCUUUUCGAUGUCUGUGUUCCAAAGAACGUGGAAGAUUGGGAUAUGAGACCAUCGACAUCCUUGAGCGGACAAGGGUAUUCUUCCACUCGGAGACAUGCUCCAUUUAAUCCAAUCAAAUGUAUACGCCGGUCAAGAUUGUAAACUUCUCUGGCUGAUUAAAUUAUGUGAAUAUGCGGAAUCUGUUAAAGAGGGGCAAUAUUUUGUUGAACUUGAAAGCUGACGAUACAAUUCCUAGAAGAAUAAACAUCUCUGAGAUAUAUAUAAUGUUGUAAUACUUGCUGUUUUUGUAGAACAAUAAGGCUAUUGUGGUCAUUACAUUCCGGCUCUUGUUUUAAUCAGAGAAAUGUACAGCUAUUUCUGAGUAUUUUUAAUAAACAAAUGGUCAACGAAUA